CAAUCAUACAAUUAACUUAGAAAGACACAACAUAAACAUCACAAUCUACAAACAAUCAAAAAAAAAAAAAAAAUCAAGAAACCAUGAAAUUCAUUCAACUCUUUUGCUUCCUUUCUCUCUUAGUUUUGUUCAACACAAAGCCACUACAAGGAGCUGAACCAGAGGCAGUAGUAGACAAACAAGGUAACCCUCUUAAACCAGGUGAAGGUUACUACGUAUUUCCACUUUGGGCCGACAAUGGAGGCAUUACAUUAGGACACACAAGAAACAAAACAUGCCCUCUUGAUGUAAUCCGUAACCCUGAUGCAAUCGGCACACCGGUGUAUUUCUCUGCAUCAGGUCUUGAUUACAUUCCAACUCUCACUGACCUCACCAUUGAGAUUCCUAUUCUGGGUAGUCCUUGCAAUGAACCAAAAGUGUGGAGGCUUUUAAAGGUUGGGUCUGGGUUUUGGUUUGUGAGCACUGGUGGUGCAGCUGGGGAUCUUGUUAGCAAGUUCAAGAUUGAGAGGCUUGCAGGUGAACAUGCUUAUGAGAUAUAUAGCUUUAAGUUCUGUCCCUCUGUUCCUGGUGUUCUUUGUGCUCCUGUUGGAACUUUUGUAGAUACUGAUGGAACUAAAGUUAUGGCUGUUGGUGAUGGUAUUGAAGAACCUUACUAUGUUAGAUUUCAGAAGGCUUCCACUUUUGCUCAGAGCAAUAAUCAAGAUUUGAGCAGUGUGUAACUGUAGUUUUUUUAGAAAUUGUGUGCUUAGUAGUGAAGUGUGAUGGGUCAUAAUAAGGAUUGCGGAUCCAUAAUAAGCCACAAAAUUGCACACAAACGGAGUACUUUUCUCUGUUUUAAGAUUUGCCACUUUCUUUUUAUCCUCAAAGGUGUAAUGAAGUUUGACCUUAUCCUUAUACAAUCUGUCUCAAAUUUCUGUAUUUUAUAUCUUC